GCCCUCCUAGGGAGGGACACCGCUGUGACCGGUGGGUGGCUGAGUGGUGAGCGGAGUGGCUGCACUGACUGACGGCGACGGGGAAAUGGAGCGUGUCAGUCCCGGGAAGGCAGCACCGAGCUGUAUUGCUAAGCGAGCCGCUAGUUGCCACAUUGCCCAAUGGUGUUCAGCCUGGGCCUGAUUUUUAUGGACUGCCGUGGAAGCCUGAACUUCUCACUGUCUUCUUGGGAUUUGUUUCAUUUGCCAUUUUCUUCGGGAGAACUGUUCUUGUUGUCAAAGAAACAGUAUAUCAAGGCUUUGACUAAUUAUAUUACACAGCUGAAUCGGAUAGAGCUUGAAUCAGAAUGUGAGGGUCAAAAUGAAGGAGGAGGUGAGUCAGAUGAACUAGCCAAUGGAGAAGUAGGAGGUGACCAGAGUGCGAAGGUGAAAACUCGAAUUAAGCAGCUGAUGGACGUCUCUAGUACGCAAACUGCAAUAUCAGUAGUUGAAGAGGAUCUAAAACUGUUACAACUGAAGCUAAGAGCCUCGAUGUCUGCAAAGUGUAACCUAGAAGGACUGCCCCUCAAACAAGUUCUCAAGUCCUCGUACACAUAUAGAGAUCAGUCGUUUUAUCUUUUAACAGACCAAAUAAAGAAAUUAGAAGAUGACUGCAAUUCACUCCAAUCCGCUAAAGCUGGGCUGCAAGAUGAGUGCAAAACUCUGAGUCAGAAAGUGGACAUUUUAAAUGAACUGUACCAGCAGGAGGAGAUGGCUCUGCACAGGAAACUGAGUCAAGAAGAGUAUGAGAGACAAGAAAGAGCAAAGUGGCUGUCAGCUGCAGAUGAAAAGGCAGUUUUGGCUGCACAGGAAGUUAAAACUUACAAAUUGCCACUCAUGAGAAGAAAGCUCAUGAUAACUGGAUUAUUGGAAAUGACCCAAAAGAUGGCAAUGCGGCAAGAUGAACCUGUGAUUCUAAAACCAAUGGCGGGAAGACCAAAUACACAAAACCCUCCCCGGAGAGGUCCACUGAGGAAGAAUGGGUCUUUUGGCCCGUAUCCUGUGAGUGCUGGAGAACGUUCCCCUCCACUGACAGCAGAGCCAGCUGGGGGACCUGUCUCUGCUACUCUGAAUGGAAGAGAUAUGGGUAGAAGUGAAUUUGGGUCAAUGGAUGGACCUUUUCCUCAUCCUCGAUGGUCUUCUGAAGCAUCUGGGAAACGCUUUGCCUCUAGGAUUGUGGAUGCAGGAUAUUUAUUCUUUUCGCAUUGGAGUGAUUCUAAAUUCAUUCUCUGACUUCAAACAGACCUGGGACGUGGUCCAGCUCCUGUGAACAGCAGCUCCAGGAGCUCUUCUACAACCAAGGUGAUGGAUGAGGGCAAGCCUCUGGAAACACUGGGAUUACAGCGCUUGGACUCGGAGCAACCAUUGGUGCUCCAGG